CAGUCGACAUUAGUUUCUUCUGAAGAGUUCAAAUAUGAAGGCUUUUAUUGCUCUGAUUGCUUUGGCUGCCAUUGCCACCCCAGCUCUGGGUCGCACCAUGGACCGUUGCUCCUUGGCCCGCGAGAUGUCCGAUUUGGGUGUGCCCCGCGAUCAGUUGGACAAAUGGACUUGCAUUGCCGAGCACGAGAGCUCCUACCGCACUGGCGUCGUCGGCCCUGAGAACUACAAUGGCUCCAAUGACUAUGGUAUCUUCCAGAUCAAUGACUACUACUGGUGCGCUCCUCCCAGUGGUCGCUUCUCCUACAACGAGUGCGGCCUGAGCUGCAAUGCCCUGUUGAGCGAUGACAUUACCAGCUCGGUUCGUUGUGCCCAGAAGGUCCUUAGCCAGCAGGGAUGGUCCGCCUGGUCCACCUGGCACUACUGCAACGGAUGGUUGCCAUCCAUUGAUGAUUGCUUCUAAGCAUUGGCUUGGUGCCUCUCUCUUUUCUCUUGCCACCUUCAAUAAACCACCAAAAAAUAAACACAUAUAUAUCUUCAGUCAA